UCCCGUCCAGCCGGCGGCUCCUUCCCCGCCCGCUGCUGGGCUCACGCAGCCGGCCCUCGGCGGGAGCUGCAGGCGGCGGAGGCGCAGCGGGACCAGCUGGCGGGGCGCAUGCCGGGCGCGGGUCCCCAGGGCGCAUGCUGGUGGCGGCGUGGGUCUCCGCGCAGAUUUGUUGUGUGUGAAAGCAGUUUGCAAAGUGUUUGUAUGGUCGGUUGGACAAAUGUGAUUUGAAUAAUACCAGAGGACUAAGAGCUGGGGUUUGGAGACAGUCUGCUUGCAUCUCAAUCCUGGGCAUCCAGGAUUGCUUGUCCCUCCAGCAUUUUCACUGAGGAAGCGGCUGGCUCGGUGGCCAGGCUACAUGAGAAGUACAGCUGGACCCCGAAUCAGGUUCCCCUCCCCAGCAGGCAGCACACCAUUCCAGGCCCAGGGAUGGGGGUGCAGUGAGGUGAGGAGUCCCACCACUCUGAGUCCAGGGCCAGACAGUGUGGCCUUGGCCCUGGAGGCCUGUGGCAAAGCCCCUCUGUUGGGAGCCCUGUUCCCAAGAGCACAACAGCCUUGGCUCCAACCUCUGUGAGCCACCUCUUCUGGGCUCCAACCCAUGUGAGAAGAACUUCAGGGCUCUUCAGGAUUCAGCUCAGAGGUGGCAGCAAGCUUCUGGACAGGCUAAGCAGGUUUGGUGGCCCUGGGGAUGUGGGGUCUCAGGGGGACCCUUCAGCCAUGGAUAGUCUGGAGGCCCCGGGUGCUAGCUGGGAGGCACCCUGUGGCACAGGAGCACCUGGCACCUGGAGAAAAGGCUGUCUGUCCUCAGAGGAGGUGAGUGGCGGUAGCUGUAGCUUUGGAAGUGGCCCCAAGGCUCCCUCAAGUCCAGCUGGCUCUGAGAAUGCCUUCACCUCAAGCUUUAGUUUCAUACAGCUCUCACUUAGCUCUGCUGGGGAACAUGGAAAAGCAGAAGGCUGCCUGCCAUCCAGAGAGGCUGAGGCCCCUCGUCAGAGUCCAGAGGAGACAGAACGCAAGGCUGCCAGCUUGGACCAGCCCCAUGAACACCCUGGGCUUCUCUCUCCCCACUUCACUCUCAAGGUGGACUCAGCCCAGGCUGCAGGUGGCAGCCCCAGGCUAGAGUGUGGGAUGCCUUCUUUGCUGGACAUGGACACUGCCUCCUGCUCCCCAGAUCCCUCAUCAUUCAAGGGCAGCAGCCCAGAGGACACUCAUGGUUGGGAAACAUUGCUCAGGAGGUGCGAGCCUGUCCUCCUGGGCUGCCUGCUGAGCAACCAGAGGCGGCUGGAGGUAAAAUCCUUAAGAUUAAAGCUUCAGAAACUUCAAGAAAAAUCAGUUGAAGAUGAUGAUUAUGAUAAGGGUGACUUUUGCUUUGUUUAUUGAUUAUUUCUUCUUUUCCCCAUAAUGUCCCAUUUCUCUUCCUCCUUGCUCACUUCUGCCUGCUACACCCAGAAUGAAUUGUGUAAUCUGUUCCUUUUUUCAGGAACAAUUGACUGUUUUACAGCACUGUUAUUUUGUGGAUUUCAAAGUCCUUUGUGAGCAUUGAAUCUUUGGGUUAUAAGAAAGACUUGAUUUUCUAGAAAUACUUGUACAAUAAAAGUUGUAUUAACUCAU